AUGAUUGUACAGGGACAAGCCCACACCACAAGGAUUCGUUGUCCAAUCUCUCGCCCAGUCUUUAAUCUGGAAAGCUACAGCUGUCGAGCAGAAUCAUCCUGUAUCACAACAUGCCCGGACACUGAUCUUGUAACACCAGGAGCCACAAAUACGACUCAUUUGCCAACGUCUACAGUGCCUCCCGAUACAACAGAAUAUCCCUAUACCAGUUCUUCUAUAGUGACGCUAUCGCCCACAGUUACGCCAACACAUUCUUCAACAUCUGUUAAUCUAUGCCGACCAAUUUGCUCAUCCCAACACACUCUUGUCCAUGACCCUAUUGACUGUAACCACUUCUAUACAUGCAACAUCACUCGCCUUACUCCAUAUCCCCACUAUACACCAAUUCGAGGAAAAUGUCCCCCAGAACGACCGGUCUUUGACCUGAAGAAACAUUCUUGUGCUGCAGAUAUUCCUUGUAUUACUACAUGUGAAGGGGUUAUAGCUACAACUCCUACAACAUUAGCUACCAGUGGCAAACCCUCACAAGUUACACCCAUAAUCAUCCCUGGUGACGAUGGGCCUUGCAAUAUCUACUGCGACAAGCCAAAUUCUAUCGUGCGUGAUCCAACCAGUUGCCAUCACUACUUCCUCUGUAUAUUCUUCGAUGGUACUGUUCCUCGCCCUUUGAGAAUCAGAUGCCCAAGAGAGAAGCCUGUGUUUGAUACGGAAAGCAAGACCUGUCAAAGCCAUGCUCCCUGUCGCACCUUGAAUUGUCAGCAAACAAGCAGUGAAUCAACAACAGUGGGAUCCAUCACUCCAUCACCUGCAGGAUUCAUUAAUAACACUCUAACAGAAGGAACUAUUAGCGAGAAACCGACACCAACAGAAUCUGUCGGUACCAAACCAACACAAGAACCUUUCACUGUAAGUCCAGCAACAGAAGAAAUCACCAGUACAACAGAUGAAGAAAUGAUCACUACCACUCUAACACCAGAAGAAACCAUAAGCACCAGUCCAACAACAGAAACUACUACUAAUGAUCCAGAUUCCAGUGAAAUUAUCACUACCAUUCCACCAUCAAAAAGCCUAUCACUACCAAAGGAAUGGUCUACCAGUCCAAAACCUGGAGCUACUAGCGGCACCAGUCCAUCUGAGGGAACUUUUAGCACAGCCUUUACUCUGAACACCAGCCCCGCAGUAGAAGUCACUCCACAAACAAUGACAUCAAAUUCGGAUUCAGGAGACACUGUUCCAGAUCACUGCAAGCCAAAGUGCAAGCGUGCAGGUAUUCUAAUCCCUGAUCUGACUGACUGCACUCGUUAUUAUGCAUGCGUUUUUGUAAAUGGCUUAGUUCCUCAGCCGGUGGUCGCCAGAUGUCCUAAAAACAAACCCAUAUUCAACAACAUCACAAGACGUUGUGUGGAAUCAGCCCCGUGCUAUACUCCAUGCUCUACACAGGAAGAAACCACCGUUAGCAACCCCUUUCCCUCAUCAGUUACUCCGGUACCCACUCCAAGUGAAACCACCCCACAGGAUCUAGCAGCGACUGGGUGCUCGAAUGCUGGGUUCUUUGCUAAAAGUAAUAUCUGUGUCGGGGUGUACACGCACUGCUAUCAUAGUGGUAACCAGAUGAUGCGAGCAACCAGACAGUGUCCUCCUGGCCUGGUUUUCAAUACCGUGUCAACAUAUCCUUACUGUGUUCCACCGUCAGACUGCCCUUACGAUCCAGUUUUGCGAGGAUCUUCUGCCAAUGUAAGCAGCUGUACCCACCCUGGAAGCUUCCCACGAUGUCAACACUGCUGCUCGGAUUACAUCCAAUGUGAACCUUCCCUCUCUGGCCCCGGGUACACACCUACCGUGGCGAAAUGCCCAGGAAAUCUCGUGUUCAACACAGAUCCUACUUAUCCAUAUUGUGUGCGGCCAGAAGACUGCCCUACAGGUGGCGGCCAGAUGAGUCAGUGCAACCGCCAAGGGAACUACCCCGCUUGUCCAGGCUGCUGCCGCGACUACUUCCACUGCACUUACGACCACCGGCUACAGAGAAAGACUUGUCCACAUCCACUUGUAUUCAAUCCACUUUCAUCCUAUCCAUAUUGCGUCUUGCCUUGGAACUGUCCCUAUGUGCUUCCGAGUCGAUCCUGACCUGUAUAUCUGUGAUCCGAAGUCAGUGUUUUAGUGAUUUAAGAGACAGUCUAUCAAAGCUUAUCAACUGUGACCAUAUCCGAAUGUUGUUAUGAAGGUCUUGUUAGUGAGUGCUCUGGUAUCUUGUUAUGAAAAGUUUAUCGUCCACUUUCCUUGGGAUGUUAUUAGAAUAGAAAUUUCAACUCCUUUGUUGAGAAUGCCAGAUGUUUUUUUUUUUCAUAUAAUAAAGCUUAACCAAAUUAUCAUUGUAAGAGGAAGUUAAAGGCGAGUAUAUAAGAUUGCCAAUAAUGCAAUACUUAGCACUGGAGUUGAAAUAUUCCUUCGCAUUGUUACGUCAUCCCACAGCGAAAUUCGUGAUAAACAAUGGGACAGGGAUGUGCCAAUUUGAGUAACUGUUUAUUUAUGUAUCUAUAUUUAAUUAUCAUUAUUAUUAUUUUAUGCCAAAUUUCCAGUGGGUUCAUGUUGGGAAGGCCUCACAGAAUAAAAUAUUUUUCUUUCACUUCUUUUACGGUUGCAGUCGCACAUUUUAAUCGUAGGCUGAAACAGGAUAAGGUUAAAUUAAAGCGCCGUGUGUCAAAUAUAAACUUUAUGACAUAGUUACAGAACUUUGAAAGAAUAUUAUUAAUUUUCUUGUGUGUAUUGUUGGUAAUUAAAAACGCCGUCCAUUGUUGACCUUUCAGAUUUAAAUGUAUAUUUUCGCCAGUUUUAUUUUACUACUUUUGCACUGUAUAAAAUCCACAUGGUGUGUUAUCUUGUCUUUGUGUUCACUGAUGUAAAUUUAUACAGACCCCUGCUGGUUUAUGCUUUUCCAGUGCUAUAUAAUUUUGUGUUAGAAGUUUUGAUGUGGGAAAAUGUUGCUAAGAAAAAUAUUAUCAAGUU